CUCUCAGUCAGGAAAGCUCAGCCUGUCCGAAGGGAAGUGUCAGCCCACUGUGCUUCUCAUCGGGCCGCCGCUGCAGCUGCGCGUAGCGUACACCACAAUUGCUUUGUCGCUUGGGGGAACACAAAUCUCGAGGAACGUACUAUCAUCGAAUACUGCAGAUAUUGGAUGUAAGCAAUGAGACUGUACAGGGCAGCCCUCACCGUCAUACUCAAAGGCACAAGUGCUGCGGGAACUACUUGUGUCAUAGAUAAUAACCAUGCCAACAAAUUUCUUCUUUCUGCACCAAAUUCAGCAUUGCUCUUGAGUUUUCAGAGGAGCUAUACAACUAAUGAACUUUCAAAAAAUCUACAGCUGACAAGUAAUGAUGAAGUAAAAAUUGACAAAUCUUUUGGGUUCAAAAUUGUUUCCAAGCCUACAAACAAACCACUGGUAGUGUUGCUACCUUGGUUGUUAGCACAACAGAAACAUGUCAUGAAAUAUGGAAGAUUUUACUUGGACCAAGGGUUUGAUGUGCUAAAAGCGUCUCUGACACCAUGGCAGCUGCUGUGGCCAACUAAAGGCAGCCAGCUAAUUGCAGAAGAUCUCCUGCAGUUCCUCCAUCUAAAUAAAUUUUACCAGCCUCUUCUUCUGCAUGGCUUUUCUGUUGGUGGCUACUUAUGGGGAGAAGCACUUGUUAAAAUUAAGCAAGACAUGGAGCUAUACCAACCAGUUGUGGACAGAAUUGCUGGCCACAUCUGGGACAGUGCAGCUGACCUGACAGAAAUGCCAGUAGGCUUCCCGAAAGCAGUUUUCCCAAAAAAUUUAGUACUGCAAAAUGCAUUUGAGAAGUACAUCAGGUACCACUUGAAGACAUUCCAUCAAGCUGCUACUAUUCAUUACAUUCGAUCAAGUCAGAUGUUCCAUACCAGCAUUGUUCGUGCUCCAGCUCUCUUGCUAUUUUCUAAGACCGAUCCAAUUGGGUGUGCUGAGUCAAAUCUCAGAGUACGCGAUAUAUGGGAAUCUGUUGGCAUGAGGGUUUAUACAAAAUGCUGGGAUGAAUCACCUCAUGUUGGACACUUCAGAGCACAUCCACAAGAAUACAUGGCUGAAAUAUAUGCAUUUCUCGAUAAACUAAAUCUUGUGCAGAACCGAGAGAGACAAAAGGUUCAAAUAUAAAAGA